AUUUUUUUAAGUUAAGAUUAUGUUAAGUCAGUCUGAACGAAAGAUGGAUUCAGAUUUUAUGCAUAUGGAAUUUCUAGACAGGAGAAUACGAAAGCCUGUAGAUGGUUUUGAUUAUAAUGAACCAACUUUUAAAAUUGGUGAAGACAGUGGGAUUUCUGAAGUGCGGACUUCCAAAAAAUUGUUUAAUUUACAUAAUACACAAAAUGAAUCAACAUUUAAUAUUGCUAAUGUAGAUGAAGGUUUUGAUCCUCCUAAACCCAGCAAGAAAUUAUUCCAGUUAAAAUUAGAUAAUCAACCACCAUUUGGUGUUAGUGAUAAUUUUGAGUCUCAAAAAUCAUCUGAUGAAAUAAAAUCUCCUUUUAAACUUGAAAAGGCUAAUGCUGCAAAACUCUCAACAGCGCAAAAGUUGGUUUUUUCUGCACCUAGAAGGAAUUAUGACUUCCAUAAAAACAAAGCAGAAGUUAAAGAUGCUUUAUCAGAAAUUAAUAAUAGAUUGUCACAAACAAAGUUUGAAGAAUUUUCUUAUGACAAUGAGAGAAUAUCAACAGAACAUGAGACAACUUAUGGCAAUAGUGGACAAUAUCCUGUUAAAAAACUGCAGAGAACAAACUCUGCACCUACUUUAAAUCUUAUUGAUCAAGAAAAUCCAAAUUUAAGAUCUUAUAAAAAGGCAACACCUGAAGAGAUUCACAAAAUGGCAUUUAGUCAAUCUUUGUUCAAUGCUGAACAAAAAAGAGUGGGCAACAAGAAUGAUGCACCUUUGACUAAACUUCAACGAAAACUUCUAAAUGAAACCCAGGUUGAAGAUAGAGGGGAUUUGCACAAAAAAAAUAGUGCUUUAAAAAACUUUCAUUCCUCCCAAGUUAUCUUAACUUCUCCUGAUGUUUCGCCCUCACAAAUUAAUAAUGCUUACAAAUCAGAAUCAUUUGAAUCUAGUCAAACUUUUAAGCAUCCUGCUGGUAUUCAUUCUCAUAUUCAGGAUCCAGUUACACUAUUUGGUCAAGAAAUCAAGUCUAGACAAAACUGGUCUCGGCCAGAAGAUCAUAACAAAGUUCCAGCUGGUGUUUCUACUCGAUUAGAUGAACCACCAUUAAUAUCUAAUUUUGGAACUAAAACAGCACCUGAAAGACAGAUUGAUAGUGCCCAAAAAAUGUCUUUAAACAACAGCGAUGGAGUAGCUUACAUUAUGGGCUAUAAUGGCAAAUUUGAAAAUGUUAGCAAAUCUAAAACUGAUAGUCGUAACAUAAUUUCUGUUAAAGAAUCUAGUGAGGUUUUGUUAAAUACAACAAAAACAUUUGAUAAUAUAACAACUUGUCACUGCUGUGCCAAUGCUAUGAAUCGUGUUCAUGUUCCAUACAACAAGCAAGCUUCCAACAAGCUUUUGGUGCGUGGCGGAAUUGUUGUAAAUGAGGACCGUAUGUUUGAAUCUGAUGUUUAUAUAGAAGAUGGAAUCAUUCGAGAUGUACGCCCAAAUAUAACUGCACCUGAAGGUACAACAGUGAUUGAUGCUGCUGGAAAAUAUGUUAUGCCAGGAGGCAUUGAUACUCACACACAUAUGCAACUUCCAUUUAUGGGAACAGUUGCUGUCGAUGAUUUCUACCAUGGCACUAAGGCUGCUGUCGCUGGAGGGACAACAAUGAUAAUGGACUUUGUUAUACCUCAAAAAGGAGAGUCUCUUAUUAAAGCAUAUCAAAAAUGGAGAAAUUGGGCUGAUCCAAAAGUUUGUUGUGACUACAGCUUUCAUGUUGCAGUAACAUGGUGGAAUGAGGAGGUCUAUGAAGAUAUGAAGCAGUUAACUUCUGAAUGUGGAAUUAAUUCAUUUAAGGCCUUUAUGGCAUACAAAGAUGUAUUCAUGCUUCGUGAUGAUCAGCUUUUUAAUGUCUUUAAAGCUUGUCGUCAGUUUGGUGCUUUGGCGCAGGUGCAUGCAGAGAAUGGUGAUUUGAUUGCAGAGCAAUCUAAAAAGAUGAUUGCUAUGGGAAUAACUGGUCCUGAAGGUCACGAAAUGUGUCGUCCAGAACAGGUGGAAGGAGAAGCAACACAAAGAGCCAUUGUAAUUGCAGAUCAGGCUAGCUGUCCAAUAUAUAUAGUUCAUGUUAUGAGUAAAAGUGCUGCUGAAGUUAUUUGUUCUAUGCGUCGAAAAGGUUUUAACUGUUUUGGUGAACCAAUUGCAGCUGGAUUGGGUGUUGAUGGAACUCAUUAUCGCCACCGUUGCUGGCGUCAUGCUGCCGCUUAUGUAAUGGGACCCCCACUGAGACCUGACCCUUCAACACCAGGUUUUUUAAUGGAUUUACUUGCAAACGGAGAUCUUGCUUGCACAGGCACAGAUAAUUGUACUUUUAAUGCAGACCAAAAAGCACUUGGAAAAAAUGAUUUUAGAAACAUACCAAAUGGUGUAAAUGGUGUUGAAGAUCGUAUGUCUAUUAUCUGGGAGAAAGGAGUGCAUGCUGGUCGAAUGGACCCUUGUCGAUUUGUUGCUGUCACUAGCACAACUGCAGCCAAAAUUUUCAACAUAUAUCCAAGAAAAGGUGUAAUUGCUAUUGGAUCUGAUGCUGAUAUUGUUGUAUGGGAUCCUUUAGCAACAAGAACCAUAUCUGCUGAAACUCAUCAUCAUGCAGCUGACUUUAAUAUAUUUGAGGGUAUGACAUGUCAUGGCGUGACUGAAGUUACUAUCAGUCGUGGGAAGGUUGUAUACCGUCGUACCAAUGGUUUGAGUGUAAUGGGAGGUUCUGGUAAAUACAUCUUCCGACCAACAUUUUCCCAAUAUGUCUACAAUAGACAGUUUUUAAAAGAAAAGGCUGCUGCUCCUACAAAAGUUGAUAGGGAACCAUAUAAUGGACCAAUCGUAAAGCUGUCAGUGGGAAAAGAUGCAUUGCAAAACAAAAAUACAAACGUAACGGCUCAAAAAUCAGCCGAUAGGAUAAGUGAUGAUUCGGCUCAUCAGCAAUUUCAACGUAAGCAUGUGAGAAACGCUUCUUCCAUUUCAUUUAGUGGUGGUAGUAUUGAUAACAUUGGAGACGUUCAAAUUCAACCAGUUCGUCGACAGCAGUCAAAGUCUAGCGUCGAAUAUAAUGAUCAAAAAAAAGAAGACAAUAGUUCUUCAAAACAAAAUUUUCAGUCUAAUUCAAAAAACACUCCAGUUCAGGUUUCUCGACAGUCUAAUGCCAAAAACAACCAAGAAAAAGAUGAUAUGUUAAAUUUUUUGGGUUCUUUAGGUGGAAACAGUAAUUACAAAAAUGAUUUUUAUAAUUAAUAAUUCGCGUUUUGAUAUAAUUUUUUUUUAACUUAUUAUAAAUUUUUUUAAUAAAUUUGUAAAUUUUUUUUCUUGCAUUUUUGAACAUUUUAUAAAAAAAAAAUUUUUCUGUAUUAAAAAAUUUUAAGUUGAUAUCAUUUGUAAUAAUUAGCUAAUUUAUAAAUUGUAUUUAUUUGUAUCUAUUUUCGUUUUAUAAACAUCUAAUGGUGUCACCGGUGUAAAAAAUAUAUAUACUUACUUA